CUUGCCUUUAUUUACUUUAUGACUCAUUUUUCUUCCUCCUGGUCCCAUCACCCCUACCUUUAAUCCCCUUUCCUCCUCUCUAUUUAUCUACCUUUACUAACUCCAAUAUUUCCCACUUCUUUAGUCAUCACCCCUCAAAAUACAGAGAGAAAACACAAACACAAGCAACUCUUGUUACUCAACAUGGGAAAUUAUAGGUUUAGAUUAUCAGAUAUGAUGCCAAAUGCUUGGUUUUACAAGCUCAAGGACAUGAGCAAAAUCAGCAGCAACAGAAGCAAAGGGCAUAACCACACCACCUCAAUUUCUUCAACAUCAUCAUUCUCAUCAUCAAAUCUUCAAUCAGACAAAAAAAUAAGACAACCCCACCUCACUACUUACCAAAGAAAAUCAUAUUACAUUUCAAGAAACCUCAGUCCAACAAAUAACAACCAUGAAAUAUUCUCCCAAAAUCCUUCCUCAAACAACCCAAAACUCUCUGACAAUAAUAUUAAUUUUUCAAAGAGAAGGCGUAGCACUACAAGGAAAAGAACUAAUUCUCCUAAAAUUGUUACUUCCUCUGUUUCAGCUAGUUGCAGUUGUCGUGCUUCUCUUGAAUCAGUUUGGAUUAAACCAGAUUCCACCCCUGAAGUUUACCCAAAUUCACCUAAUUCCUCCUCAUCUUCUUCUUUUGAAACAUUAGACCCCAAAAUUUCACUUUCACCAUCUUGUGAUUGCAGAGUUAAUGAUAUGAACAAAGACUCACUCAAUCAUAUUUCCAAAAUUGACCUUCCCCCUAUCAUAACCAAGCCCGAAAAAUUCAUCGUUUCGUCACAAGAAAAGGAUGAAAAACAGAGGAUUUCUACUGUGAGAAGAGUGUCAGUGAGUUCAACAACUGGUGUGAAGCUGAGAACAAACUCUCCAAAAAUAACAAACAGCAAGAAAAUUCAAGCAGUUAGCAGAAGGAGUGUUAGUUCGAGGAGGAGUAGUAGUAGUGUUUCAGAAAGUUUUGCUGUGGUGAAAUCAUCUAAAAAUCCACAGAAAGAUUUUAGAGAGUCAAUGGUGGAGAUGAUAGUGGAAAAUAAUAUAAGGACUUCAAAAGAUUUGGAAGAACUUCUUGCUUGUUAUCUUUCUUUGAAUUCAGAUGAGUAUCAUGAUCUUAUCAUUAAGGUGUUCAAACAAAUUUGGUUUGACAUUACUGAUAUUCGGCUGAAGUAAAUAUAAAAGGUCAGCCCGAUACAUAAAACUCAGGUUGUGUGGGGUCCGAAAAAGGUUCGGACCACAACUAACUAUUGUACGCCCUCAUUUCUGGCUAUUUUCACGGCUAAAACGACCUGGAGGUUUACUAGUUAUGCAAAGCUGCCCUUCUAAGGCUAAAGUAAAUAUGAAUUUAUUAUUUUCUUUUCUCAUAGUUAUGAUAUGUGUAUUAUAGUAAAAAAUUCAUAAAGUCGUUUCUCCAUGGUUAAUUAGAGUUAUCGAAUUUGAGCCAAUAGUUUGAAUGUGGAAUGAAGAAAACAAAUAAAGGUACAAAAUCCAAUCUUGUAACAAUAUAAUCUGUCUGACUAAGACGUGCUCUUGUA